AUGGGCCCAGUCAAAGUUGAGAAUGACAGCUUUGCGGAGUUUGCGCGGGACGUCCUGGGCCGGUGUUGGGGUACUGGUGACUUCACAGUAGUCGUGGAAGAGCAGGUGGGUGACCAGACAGAAGAAUGCACUGAGAGUCCGAAUGGGACGGAUAUCUGUCGCAAGGAGUUUGCCGUUCUGUCCGCUGUGCUGGGGACUGCCUCGCCGGUUUUUGAGAAUAUGGUCAAGCAAGAUAACUUUGUGGAAGGUGCCAAAAGCCAAGUUACUAUUACUGACUUUUCCUCUGCGGCGGUAGAAGCUUUCUUGCGCUUCUUGCAUUUCGGGACUGUGGAAGGCAAUCUCGCAACCGUCCUAGAGCUAGGAGUGCUGGCGGACAAGUAUGCUGUGGGUAAGUUACACCGUCUCUGCACCGGCACCGUGCAAGACGAGCUAGUACCGACGACGGCGUGCACCAUAUUCGACCUGGCCGACAGGUUCCGCAAUAUGGAUUUGCGCCGAUACUCCUUGGACAUGAUCCUAACAGAACCGGCCAUGACCAUGAAAAAGCGUCCAGGCCUGAGCCCACAACUGGUGGAAGAGAUUGUGGCUAGCGAGGCGCUCUGCAUCGGCAGCGAGGAUCUUCAGGACUUGAUCUGCCAUUGGGAUGAGGCCUCCUCCGAGGAAGACCGAGAGGUCCAACGGCUGCUGCAAGCCUACGCCGAGGGGCCAGCAACGACGCACCGACGAGUGGCCAGCGGUGAUGUGCUUUUCGAGCUCAAGGAAAGCUACUGGGGUCGUGGGCGUCAAGUUGCCUUACUUCUGGGACCUCCCGAGAAAGACUGGAGUGAUGCGGUCUCUGAGCCUGGCUUUCUGGAGGCAUUGGCCCACAACGACAACUUUCACACCUACUCCAUUGCAAUACAAGAUGGCUGGAUCGUUUGGAUGAUGCCCUUCGUAUCGCUCUACCUCACAGGCUUCUCCUUCAAUGCCCGAGUGCUAAUCGAUGAAGUCCACUUCAAAGUUUUCUGCUCCGAAGAUGGUAUUGACUGGAAGCUAUGUUUAGAUUCCAAAGAGCAUGGCAACAUCGAAGAAGACGAGGAUGUCUGCUGCGAGCACCGUCAUGUGAAAUGGCUGAAGCUUUUAGUCGUGGACGGGCGCUUCUCCACAGACUUCUGCGCUCAGCUGUUUCAGUUCGCUGCAACCUGCAAACGCCCGUGUUUGAUGCUUGUGCCGAAUUUUACCAUCGAAGCCGCCAGCUUCGAUAAGUUCGAUGAGAAGUCCCUCCUCUUUUUGGGGCCCCUGAAGAGGUACAGCUACCGAAGCCCCGCGAACCUGCGUCCCGAGUUGGGAAACAAGCAAAGGAAGUAUGUCGCGCCCUACGUCACGCUUUGGGUGCUGCUGCUGGGGCCCAGCAUACGGAAAGCACUGCUGCGGUCAGGUCUGGAGGCUGUUUGCCCACCACACUCUGUGCUGGUCCCUCGCCGGGAUGCACUUCCGCCGGCGCUGCGGGGCACGGCGAAGGCCUCGUUAGAAGCCCUGGAGCGGAAGGCCUUCAACGACUUCUGUCGCGCCAGAAACCUUGGCAAACUGUGCUUCGACUGGGCCAAACAGGGCAGAUGCGGCUGUGCCGCUGCCAAGCCGAAGGGCCCUUUCCUCCAUCCCAGCGGGCCAGGGGAGGUUCGCCAGGUUCGCAGCCUGCUUCAGCUCUUCUUCAAGAGCCAAGCUGUCCCAGACGAGGUUCCGCCGUCACGGAGCGAAGAUGCUCUUCACUCCGAGCAGCCAGCGGCGCGCCGGAGAAGAAAAGAAUCCAGCGACAAAGAAAUGAACACGGCGCGUUGCACAUGUUAA